AUGGCUACUUACCUCAUCACGCAAGCAACUGGCCAGCAAAGCCGAUGGGUCAUCACCCACCUUCUUGCAGCCGGUGCCAGUGUCCAUGCGGUUGUACGCAACCUUCAAAAGGUUCCAGCAGCCCUAAACAAACCAGGUAUCACACUAUUCGAAGGCGAAAGCACAAACUUUGAUGCGAUCUAUAAAGCAGCGCAGGGCUGCAAAGGAGCCUUCUUGAACACGUUCCCUAUCCCAGGGGUGGAGGCUCAGCAGGCAAAGACCGUUGUCGAGGCAUGCAAGAAGGCAGGAGUCGAAGCCAUCGUUGCAAGCACGACCUUCUGUACCGGCAACAAGGAGAUCUGGAGCGAUGCUGCAACAGAGAAGGUUGGGUUGGUAGGAUACUACACCUCCAAGGCCGCGGUCGAGGAAGCCGUCCGCAACGCAGGCUUGACCUACACCAUUGUCCGACCAGCAGUCAUCCAUUGGGACCACUUCCUGCCGAGCGUUCUUCAUAACUUCCCUGCGCUUCCGGUCACUGGAGAACUAGAUCACGCGUUUGACGAGGGAUCGCGAAUGGCCCAAACCGAUGGAAACGAUGUCGGGAGAUACGCCGCCGCGGCCUUAUUGAAUCCAGCUAAAUUCGGUGGGCAAGAGAUCGAUCUUGGCAAUGAAAAUCUUACCAUCGAAGAGGUGCGCGACAUACUUGCCAGGGUCAGUGGGAGAGCUGUUAGAGUGAGAAAGAAGACGCCCGCGGAAAUCGAGGCAGCGGCAGCUACUGUCUCGGGUCAGCGAUUUCAGGUAUGGGCAAAUUCCAAGGACUUCACCGAUGUGGUCAAGGCGGCAGCGAAAGCAAGAGCCAAGUUUGGUAUGCCCUUGACAUCACUUGAGGACGCUUUACGGAGAGACAAGGCCCAACUUUUGGAGUGUCUGCCCGCCUAG